AUGGCUGAUGAAGAAUCGAAGGCCGCUAAGAAGAAGUCGAGCAAGAAGCGAUCUGGAUCCGAAGCCGCACAGUUCGAUCAAAAGACAAUUCAAGAGUUCAAAGAAGCUUUCGGUAUAAUGGAUCAGAACAAGGACGGCAUAAUCGAUAAGAACGACUUGAAAGAUUUGUAUGCUUCAAUGGGACAAAUCGCUUCAGAUUCACAAAUCGACGCGAUGAUCAAGGAAGCACCAGGACCGAUCAAUUUCACUGUAUUUUUAACACUGUUCGGUGAACGACUCACUGGUACGGAUCCUGAAGCAACGAUAACCGGUGCAUUCCAAAUGUUCGACAAGAAAGAAUGCGGAAAGAUUCCCGAAGAUGAGCUCGUCAAAAUUUUGCAGAACAAACGAGGAGAGCCAUUGGAUGACGACGAAAUCAAGGCGAUGUAUAAGGGCAAACCACCAAUAGACGGCGGUAUGGUUGAUUACAAAGCGUUCGCACAUCUGAUUUGCACAGGUGCACAAGAGGAACUGGCUCAAGCCUGA